CAUGCUUCCAGUUCCACCACUAACCGAAAUGAACAGUACUGAACAGUUGCUUGAAUCAUGAAUGGUGUAUAGACGCUAUUAACUUUCCGAGUCUUCGGAGAUAUUACUUGGUUCGAAUACGUGUAAUUUCGACCGAUCGCAAAGGAGAUGGGUCGACGUAAAAGCAAACGAAAACCACCCAGCAAAAAGAAAGCCAUUCAACCAUUAGACACACAAUUCAAUUGUCCAUUUUGUAAUCACGAAAAGUCAUGCGAGGUUAAGAUGGACAAAUCCAGGAGUACUGCCAGGAUAACCUGCAGGGUAUGCUUAGAAGACUUUCAGACAACUAUCAAUCUAUUAUCAGAACCUUUGGAUGUAUAUAAUGAUUGGAUUGAUGCCUGUGAAAAUGCUAAUUGAAUAUUAGUUAAUGUAUUCAUAAUUCUAUAUAUUGUAUCUUUAGCAUAACUGGUCACUUUUACUUAUAUUUUUAUUCGCGUCAUCUUCAGAUUUUAUAAAUAUAAAUAUGUUAUGAAUAAAGAUGCAUAUUUUAAGGUUCUACUAAAUGUGACUAUUUGAUUUCAAAACCGAA